AUGGUGCGCGUUGCUACUAUUCUAGGUACAUUUUUGGCAACUGCUACAUCAAGGCUUGUUGAAACGAUAUCCACGACUCAGCUGCUCAGCCGUGAUGAUGGGCUUGAGCAGUAUUGUCAUAAUCAUCUCCUCAAUGGCGUUCAGUUGAAGAAUGGAGAGGAGUUGGUUGUAACUAUGAGACUCGAAGAUGGUCUGGGUUGUCGUAUUGAUUGGAUCUACAAGAUGCGUUGGGAAGAUAAUGUGGGGGCUGGCCCAGUUGACAUCAGUCAUGAUAAGUGCGUCGAGGAGUUUGAAAAGUUUCUGAGUAACACCAAAUGCCCAGAUAGUCAAAUAAAGAUCAUAAUGCCUGGAAAACAUAGUGUCGGUAUUGAAAACAAGUCCGGUGCUACACUGUGGGUUGAAACAAGGCAGAGGAAGUACGAUAAGAAUCCAAUCCAAUGCAAUUACGACUAG